ACGAAUUGUUGCUAUCUGCACGCCAAAAAAAAGAAUAAGGAAUAAAGGAAAAUACAGCGAGCUGUUUUUCUGUAGUCUUUAUGCGCCCGUGUUUGUUGGCGCACAUUCUCUUUUAUUCGGCUUUCACGUGACCGCGCGUACACAGGUCGCUGCGCGCUCCCGACGCCGAGCGGAGUCCUGGGGGGUUUGGGGAGUCGGCGAGGAGUGGCCUCAAAGGCAGAGAAAGUAAAGUGUACGCCAGCAGCAAGAUGGACUUUCUUAUAGGGAACCCGUUUUCUACGCCGGUCGGCCAGCGAAUCGUCGCAAAACGGCCCCUUUUUCUGUCCCCUGCGGACCGAGUGUGUGUAUCAAAGCAGCUGACGGUCACAUGAAGCGGAGGGAGAGGGUGAGAUCCAGCCAAGGAGGGGUGGAGGCAGCAGUAACGCAGGAUCUGCUACAACAAACGAGCGGGCCACGAGCUCCUCUCUCCCGACGGAAGACUGGGCCCUCAACAUGGAGAUCUGUGACAUCGUCAAUGAAACGGACGAGGGGCCAAAAGAGGCAGUGAGAGCAAUAAAAAAGAGGAUUGUGGGUAAUAAGAACUUCAGAGAAGUCAUGUUUGCGCUAACAGUUCUGGAGACUUGUGUGAAGAACUGUGGACACCGUUUCCACGUGUUGGUGUCAAACAGGGAGUUUGUGGAAGGAGUUCUGGUCCAGGCCAUCCUGCCUAAGAACAACCCGCCAAUGAUCCUUCACGACCGGGUGUUGAGCCUCAUACAGGCCUGGGCAGAUGCCUUCCGGAGCUCCCCGUCCCUGAUGGGCGUGGUCUCUGUGUAUGAGGACCUAAAGAGGAGGGGGCUGGAGUUCCCCAUGACCGACCUGGACGCCCUGUCCCCCAUUCACACUCCACACAGGAGUGUGCCAGAGAAUGAGUCAUCCACCACGCCCCCAUCUGGAUCCUCUGACACGAGGCCACCCCAGAAUCCCCCACUCGCACAGAACACCGGACCAAGCAUCACCACGCCUGAACAGGAAACGGUGAGGAAGCUCAGAGCCGACCUGGAAGUGGUUCGGGGCAACCAGAAGGUGAUGUCAGAGAUGCUGAGCCAGCUGACCCCCAGCAGCGCACAGCAGUCAGACGUGGAGCUGCUGCAGCAGCUGUACACAGUGUGCAGAGACAUGCAGAGCAGGGUGCUGGAGUUGAUCCCCAGGCUAGCGGACGAAGGUCUGAUAGGGGAGCUGUUGGCUGUCAACGAUGACCUGAACAACACCUUCCUGAGCUACCACAGGUUCGAGAGGCUUAGCAGUUCCCCACAUGCUGCAGAGCGGCGAUCUGACACAGUCUCCACAGACCUGAUUGACCUCAGUCUUGCUCCUCCCACCUCUCUUGCCAAUCAGCCCAGCAGCCAAUCGGACGCCACCGCUUCACCCAAACAGACGGCCACACACAGCACAGAGGUGGAGGAUGAGUUUGACAUGUUUGCUCAGACCAGGAACAGCUCGCUGGCGGAGCAGAGGAAGUGUGUCCGGUACGAGGACCCUGGGGCUGUAGAGGGACUGGCCGGAGCCCUGGACAGCAGACUGCACGUCACAGGGGCGAUCCCCACCCCCCAGACAGCGGUGAUGGAAGACAUUGAGAAGUGGCUCUCUGAGGAUGUGAAGGACGACACUGGAGAGACCGAGGGUGUCACGAGUGAGGAGUUUGACAAGUUCCUGGAAGAUAGAGCAAAGGUGGCUGACCAUCUCCCCACAGUUCGUAACACAACCCCAGCCCUGACUCGACCCCAAUCACAGCCCUCCCGCUCCGACGAGACGGCACAUGACCAGCUGUUCACACUCUGAGAUGCCGACGGAGCCGCAGCCGUUGGUCUGCAGUUAAGGACGUGCAGAGUAGUGGACGCAUGGAGUGAGUGUUGGACGAGUGUGCUGUAGAAUAUGCGAUCGGGGUGACCGCGUACUGUUUAAGCAUCACACCCGUUACAACAAGGAGGUAGACAGGCAGGACUGUUAAAUUGAUGGAGAAAAUGUUGUAACUUACUCUGAAGUAUUAUGAAGUAGUUGCAUGCUGUUGGAACAUGCCUAGUGUGUUUAUUAUGUAAAAAUGCAGCUAAUCUUUUGGUUUUUGGUGAUAUUCUUGACACAUGAAGAAUCAGUUUAAUUGGAUGUGGAUGCACUAUUGUUAAUGAUAAUUAUGAUUCUGGUGAAUAACUGUGUUGUUUGGGGAAAAAUGUCUUUAAUCAGGACUAACUGAAUUUCUGUGGGGAUGUUGCUUUUUCACAGGCAUAAAACAUGUUUAAUCAAAAAAAAAAAAUAUAUAUAUAAUAAAUGGUAUUGGUGUCUCCCACCUGAAGGUGGCGCUGCUGGAAUAUGGGGUACGUGAGUGAUUACCAUGUUCUGUUUGCUCUUUGUAUGAAUGUAGUGCCUCCAACAAUGCUGCAUCUCGUCUCCACUCCUGUUUGAUUUUUUUUUUUUUAUGGACAGGGUAGCAUCUGUAGCUCGAAGGGCAUCCAAUAGGGGGAGCUAGAGGUGACACGUCCUACUUUCUGCAGAUUUUUUGCAGAUAGGUUAUUCUUGAGUCUGGAGUGGUAGGGAUGAGAGUCGGCACCUCAAAUCAAAGUGAUGCUUUCUUGGGG